GAAUUCACUCCCCACUUUCGGCACAGGUCACUUGCCUUGAGAUACUUCGAAACCUUCUUUCCAGUGCGCCUCGAAGCGGGAUUAGCCCCUCUCGACGAAAGUCACACAAAGGAGCGAAGUCACUAAAUAAACUGCUCCAGAAGCUAAGCCUGCCCAAGAAGCUAAGCCUGCCCAAGAAGCUAAGUCUGCCCGAUAAGCUAAGCCUGCCCGAGAAGCUAAGCUUGCUCGAGGCGGGGAUUAAAAAACCCUUCUAUUUCGGUGCGCCUCGAAGCGAAGCCCACUCGCGUAUUCUGUCGACGCAAGGCGCUCCUACUAUGGCGGAGCGCCUGUGCCACAUGUCAGCCGGCGACAGCUUCCAGCUGGCGUGCCGCGAUUCGCUGCUGCCGUUCCUGCAGCAGGAGGCGCGAGGAGCAGGGGGAGGGGACGGGGCGGAAAUGGGAGAGCUGAAGCUCUUGGAAGUGGACGAGUCGAUGCUGCAGGAGCUGCUGAGCGACGGGCUGGUUAUAAAGGGUACGGCGGAGGAAGGGGACGAGGCGGUUCUCUGCACUCGCAGCAGCACCUUUGCGCUCAAGCAAGUCACCACCACCAACCUCCUGCUCCUCGUCCCUCCACAUGAGAAUUCACUUGAAAAACCACCUGACAAAACUCCUGAAAAAACACCUGAAGUCACAAUGAGAACCUCCAGUGCAGAUACGCCCGCCCAAGAAAAAGCCUCCCCAGAUGUGAGAAUACCGAGGGUGACUGCAGCAGCAGUUGCUUCUAGCCACUUGGAGGUCGUUCCCGUGGCGCCUAGGCUGGCUCGGCUGACCCACCUGCUGGCAGGAUGUGCUUAUAGCGAGAGGGACGAGGAGGAGGAGGGAGGUGGAGGAGGGGGUGGUGGGGGGAAGAAGGAGAGACGGAAAGGAUACACGUGGCAGGAGCUGGUUGGUCAAGUGCAGGCGAGCGAGGAGGAGAUUCGAGCUGGGCUGGAAGCUGCUGGUGCCGUGAAGAUCGGCGACACGUGGCGCGGCGUCGACCCUGCAUACCUCUCCUCCCUCCUCCAUCUCCUGCUGCUGACGUCAGCAGCCAAUGAUUGGCCGCCACGUGCCAUCCCUGAAGCUGCUGCGGUGUUUGGGAAGAGGCGGAGGCAAGGGAAGCGAGAGGAGUGGGAGGAGGAGAGGAGGAGAGGGGAGACGAUUGGGGGAGAAGACGGAAAGGGAGAGGGAGUGGAGGAUGGGGGAGGAGAGGGUGGUGGAGGGGAGGGGAGUGAGUGUGUGUGGUGGGAGUUGGAUGAGCGCAAGGUGUGUCGGCACUACGCCUGGCAGCUGUUAGAAUCAGGCCCACGAUGGCGCCUCUCCACCUUCAUGGAAGCAUGGGCGAAGAAGGUGCCGCCAGCCAUGGCCCAAUCCCUGGACGCCACGUGGCUGAGAGGGCUGGCGAUUCAGCAGCAGGUAGGGGGGCCAGCAGCCGCAGCCGCUGCCGCUUCGGCAGCAGCAGCAGGAGCAGCAGGAGCAGCAGGAGCAGCAGGAGCAGGCGCAGGGCAACAGUUGGACGGGCCUGAGUACACGUGGCUGCACUUCCUGCCGUGUGACCAGCUGCCGUCCACAGCGGAGCAUCGCUUCCAGGCGCUGUUUAGUGUGCAGCCCAUGUGGGCGCUGCAAGAGCUGGAGCCAUAUCUCAUUGACUUACAAGGCCCCGGCCAAUCAGUGGAGACUUUGCUGAUGCGAUUCACACGCAAAGUACAGGAAGGGGCCGAUAAACCUGUGCUGUACUGCGCGAGAUAAUUACGGUAGUACACAAUAAAUGAUACCGGUACCGGUACUUGCAAUGCAAAGCUGGAUCACCUACAACCCCCCCCACAAUACAUCCAGUGCCACAUUGUGCUGCAUCAAGUAGUUAUGCACUGUAGGUGCUAGGCUGACAGGUGUGGCUCUCAGAGUUAGAAUUGUUGACUAGAAUGGCAGCAUACAGGGGUAUACAGCUAAUGGGUUGUACUCUCUAUGGCAUGACCCUAGUCUACUAAACAUACACACAUAUG